AGGUGGGCGGACGUGAACGGGACUUAUCAAAUCCGUCUCAGUUCUGCUCCUAAGGUCCGAUUUGGUUCCACCAUUUUCAGCUCCAACUUCCACUUCUCCCACUUAGGAAGAACACACAGACCGAGAUUUUGCCCAUCUGAGGAAGGAACGAAGAAGGAGUGGAAGAAGACCCGUCGGAGAUCCUUCAGCAAACCAUCUAAGGAGCUUCGGAACGCCGUCGUUUGAGGCUAAAGGACGGCCCUUUUAUGGUCUUGGAGGGCGGCUGCUGGUGUAGAGUAGGAGGAGGUCGUGCUGAAUUCCGGCGAUGGCGGUAGCUGAGCAGACGAGACCGGCGGCUUCGGAGGGCAAGGUCUGGGGGUUCUUCAAGUCAGCGUUCCGGAACGGGUCGAACGGGUCGUCGGCUUCGUCGUCAACCAUGAACGUUCAUCACCACGGCGGCAACCCUCCGCUGCCGGAGGGAUCGCUCCUUCAGGGAUCCAAUUCGGUCUCGUCGGUGGCGAAGUCGUUGCUUCCCAACCGCCGCCGGCUCAAGCUCGAUCCCGCCACCAAACUCUACUUCCCAUAUGAACCCGGGAAGCAGGUCAGGAGCGCCAUCAAGAUUAAAAACAUAAGCAAGUCCCAUGUAGCCUUCAAGUUUCAAACAACUGCACCGAAAAGCUGUUUCAUGCGCCCACCCGGGGCCAUUCUUGCACCUGGUGAAAGUAUCAUUGCAACAGUAUUCAAGUUUGUGGAGCAGCCAGAAAACAAUGAAAAACCAGUGAAUCAGAAGAGCAAGGUUAAAUUCAAGAUCAUGUGUCUGAAGGUCAAAGGACCAAUGGACUAUGUGCCUGAGAUGUUUGAUGAGCAGAAGGACCAAGCUGCAGUUGAACAGAUAUUGCGUGUUGUUUUUCUUGAUCCUGAGCGUCCCAGUCCAGCUCUGGAGAAAUUGAAGCGCCAAUUGGCUGAUGCUGAUGCUGCAGUCGAGGCUCGAAAGAAACCUCCAGAGGAUGCAGGCCCGAGGAUUAUCGGCGAAGGACUUGUGAUCGAUGAAUGGAAAGAGCGGAGGGAAAGAUACCUUGCUCGUCAGCAGGUUGAGGGGGUGGAUUCGAUGUAAAUUUGAGCUCUUCCCAUACCUUCUGCUGCACAAUAACUGUGGUAGAUCCGUGUCCGGAAGAUUUUAUGUAUUCUAUUUGCGGGUUAAAAUUUUUGCCCCUUGGAACUUUGGAGUGUGAUAUCUCAAAUGACACAGAAAAUUGUGCAGGAAAGACUUUUAAAUCGUUCAUCCUCUGUUGUAAAAUGUAUGUAUCUGAGGUUCAUUCUUGUUUGUAAUCUGAGGUACUGUUGUUCCGUGAUUUUGUGUUAUCAAGCUCCCCCUGCUCUGCGCUUUAGAUAAA